AUGCGUAAAUUGUCCGGGAAACACCUGGGCGAACGCGAUGAAGCCGGGGCAGAUGAUUCGGAGGCGAGACCCGACCAGAAGCCGGAGUGGCGUGCCAACAGGAGCAAGUUAAGGAGAAAUUUGGUGAAUGAAGAAGAAGCGAACACCUUAGUGAGAGGAAGAACACUAAGAGGCUUGCCAUAUGGAGAACGUGUUCGGGCAUACAUGUCGGCCCGAAAUAGAAUUUUUGGUGAGCGGCAAUGUAAGGGGAUGACACUGGCCACGAAACGCGUCAUAAAGGCACGCGCUCAUUUUCGUCGACGAAGGAUAACGAGGAGGCAAGUGGUGGAAGCAGUUCGGAGAGUGGAGAACACCGAUCCCCGAGUUUUUGUAGACGUCGUCAUCGGUGGACAAGUUUUUAAAGGUCUUCUGGACUCCGGCGCAUCCGUUAGUCUUAUGGGGCGAGGAUGCCGAGAGCUGACCAGUAAGAUGAACUGGAAUGUUCAGCCGUACGCGUCCAUGGUCACUACUGCUGCAGGAGCCAGCCGACCGAUCCUAGGACGAGUUAAUCUGCCGGUGUCAUACGGCGACAAGUCGGAGUAA